GGUUAACUCUAAUAAUUCAAAAUGGCGGCUCAAUCAGGACUAGGAUGAACUUAGGAAUCUUUUGGGAAAAUCAAAAUAAACUAUGAAGCUGUAUUCCCUAGGAAGAACCAGCUCGGCGCCAUGUCUCGUACUGCAGUUCAAAGGAGCAAGUAUAAUGUUGGACUGUUCUUUAGAUGUGUCAACUCUGCAGCACUUUAUGCCUCUUUCAUUAGUGAACAAUGAAAGAACAAGUCAGCUAAAACCAUGGACAACCAGGGAACUCCAGGAUAUUGAGGGAUUUUCUGCCCAGAAUAACUUAAAGGAAAUUGGUGGGAAAGUAUUCAUAGAUGAGGAACCAGAAAUUUGCCCUCCAGAGGAUUGUCUGCUGGAUAUUUCCACCAUUGACAUCAUUCUUAUAUCUAAUUACCAUUUCAUGUUGGCAUUACCUUUCAUAACAGAGCAUUCAGGAUUCAAAGGAAAAAUCUAUGCCACUGAACCAACAGUUCAGAUUGGAAGAGAACUAAUGUUAGAGAUGGUGGUGUAUGCAGAGCGAGUUCCAAAAGUGAGCAAAGGAAACAUGUGGAAGGACAAUGAAGUUUUAAGAUGUCUUCCGCCUCCUCUGUGUGACUUAAAGGGGACAAAGUCAUGGAAAGUACUUUACAGCAAAAAAGAUGUAAAGGCUUCAGUAUCAAAGAUUCAGAAUGUUGGAUAUUCAGAGAGAAUUGAUCUGUUUGGUAUUCUAAAGCUCACUCCCCUCAGUUCUGGAUAUUGUUUGGGAAGCUGUAACUGGGUCAUAGAAUCUGACUAUGAAAAGGUCAGUUAUAUUUCUUGUUCAUCGACAUUCACCACUCAUCCUCUUCCAAUGGACCAGUCCAUGCUGAAGAACAGUGAUGCCUUAAUUAUGACUGGUAUCACACAAGCUCCCACUGCAAACCCUGAUGCCAUGCUGGGGGAAUUCUGCACUCACCUAGCUACCACUUUACGAAAUGGAGGAAAUGUUCUUGUGCCUUGCUGCCCCUCUGGUGUUCUGUAUGAUCUUUUUGAGUGUUUGUACUCAUAUAUGGAUGGUGCCAAUCUUUCAGCCAUCCCUAUCUACUUCAUCUCUCCCGUUGCAGAUAGUUCUUUAGCUUACUCUAAUAUUUUUGCAGAGUGGCUUUGUCAGAGUAAGCAAAGCAAAGUUUAUCUACCAGAGCCACCAUUUCCACAUGCUGAGCUUGUGAAAGCAAACCGUCUGAAACACUUUCCCAGCAUCCAUGAUGGAUUGAGCAGUUGUUUCAAGACGCCCUGUGUCGUAUUUACUGGACAUCCAUCGUUAAGAUAUGGAGAUGUAGUGCACUUCAUGGAACUUUGGGGAAAAUCAAAUGGAAACACUGUUAUAUUCACUGAGCCAGAGUUUCCAUACCUCGAGGCUCUUGCUCCAUAUCAACCUCUAGCAAUGAAGGCUUGUUACUGUCCGAUUGAUCCAAGACUUAAUUUUACACAAGCUAACAAACUUAUUCGUGAACUUCAGCCAGGUCAGCUUGCUAUACCGGACACAUACACCAGAGCACCGGAUUUAUUGCCGCACAGAACAGACUUAACCAUUCAAGAUACGGAGUGCAAGAUCUCGACGUUUAGCCAUUUGGAUGUUCUAUCGCUGUCGGUGAAAAGAGAGUUUGAGAAAGUUGUCUUAUCGAACGAGUUGGCCAGCGGGCUCCACCCUCAGGAAGUGAGACCUGGUAUCGCAGUAACCACUGUUACGGGAACCUUGGUAUCGAAAGACAACAGAUACACUCUUGAACCGUUAGAUCUGACGGGCGACGGAUUUAACAAGACAAAGGAUUCAAAGGCGGAAUCUAAAACAGGCCAGAAGUCCUGUCAUUUAUGGGGGAGCGUACUCGUGGAAGAUCUCGUAAAGUCUUUAGCGAAGCGUGGUAUUGAGGACGUUAACGUGGAUUCUGAUCACGGGGGACACACUCUCCACUUGACCCAGCAUGAUGCUAUGAUUCAACUGGACCGUAGUGGGACGCAUAUUAUCACGCACGGAAACGAGGCUCUUAGAAUCGACAUCCGGGAUUCAAAAGCACACGAUUCAUUUCGUCCGCUUCUAAUCAAUCCAGCUACCAAUGUUUAA